CCAUGUUAAGGCCGUAACACAAGGCGGGCGCUUAAUUGAUUACCCAUUUACCGUUAGUCAACAGAGCACCGCGGGCGACAAGAUCUGUCAUGUUUAUCUAGGAAACACACAGACGCGCACACAAACCGGUGACCUUUACCUGUGGGUAUUAACCUUCCACAUCUACCCUUCGCACCCCGUGCACUUUAUCAUUUCUUCCAUCUGUGCGGGAAUAAUCGAUACUCGCAUACUGAGGCAGCGCCAGCAACAGCAAUAACAACAGCAACAUGGUGCGGUCUAGUGAUAAGCAACAACAGUAGGGCCACGGCCCAGCCACCCACCCACCAGCCACCCACGACUCCACAACUCCCCAUCGUUGCCCACAAGGGGGCAAGGAAGCAAACAGCAAUUUUGCCAACGCACAACUCAAAUUUCCUGUGUCAUUCCUUCAACUACUUGCAACCAAACAGACGAACGAACGGAAAAGGUCAUGUCGCGCGAGGAACGCAAACCCAUCGUGGACACCUCGAACAGCAGCAGCUGCAGCAGCGGCGAGGAUGAGGUGCAUCCUGUGGUGCGACGGCGCAGUGCCCGCGACACGGAGCUGGGUCCAUCAAAGGAUACCGGCUGCUGUGAUCCAACCAGCACGCCCCACCGGUUCCUGGCUCUGCUGUUUAUGUGCCUUUUGGGUUUCGGUUCCUAUUUUUGCUACGAUAAUCCCGGCGCAUUGCAGGACGUAUUCCAAAAGGAGCUAGACCUCAGUUCCACCGAGUUCACGCUGAUCUACUCCAUCUACUCGUGGCCAAAUAUAGUGCUCUGCUUUGUGGGUGGCUUCCUGAUCGAUCGAGUGUUUGGAAUCCGUUUGGGCACCAUUAUCUACAUGCUGAUCGUGCUAGUGGGACAAUUGAUCUUUGCAACCGGCGGAGUGCUUGGCCAUUUCUGGCUGAUGAUCGUGGGUCGAUUUGUGUUCGGCAUUGGGGCUGAGUCGCUGGCUGUGGCCCAAAACAGCUAUGCAGUGCUUUGGUUCAAGGGCAAGGAGCUGAACAUGGUCUUCGGACUGCAGUUGUCGGUGGCUCGCUUCGGCAGCACCGUCAAUUUCUGGAUAAUGCAACCUCUAUAUGGCUACGUUUCGAAAUCUUACUCUGGCUACACGGGUCUCGGAGUGGCUCUAUUCCUGGCCUCCUCCACUUGCGUGAUGUCGCUGCUUUGUACCCUAAUUCUGGGCUGGAUGGAUAAACGUGCGGAACGCAUUCUGAGAAGGAACAAUAAUCCCGGCGGAGAGAUAGCCAAGCUUAGCGAUAUAGUCACUUUUAAGAUGGACUUUUGGAUGGUGUCGGUAGUGUGUGUGGCUUACUAUGUGGCCAUCUUUCCAUUUGUGGCACUUGGCCAGGCCUUCUUCGUCAGCAAUUUCCACAUGACCCCGGAUGAGGCAAACACUGUCAAUUCGAUUGUCUAUCUGAUCUCGGCUAUAGCUUCACCUUUGUUUGGUUUUGUAAUCGACAAAGUGGGCAGGAAUGUGACUUGGGUAUUUUGUGCCACCAUCUCUACGCUGUUUGCUCACUUUUUGCUGACCUUUACGCACUGGGAUCCCUAUAUUGGAAUGAGCAUCAUGGGUCUGUCCUACUCCAUGCUGGCGGCCAGCUUGUGGCCUCUGGUCUCGUUGAUUGUGCCCGAAUAUCAGCUGGGUACUGCUUAUGGCUUUUGCCAGUCGGUGCAGAACCUGGGCUUAGCUGUGGUCACCAUUGUAGCGGGAAUUAUUGUGGAUAACAGCGGUGGCAGUCACUUCUGGCUACAGAUCUUCUUCAUGUUCUUCCUGUUGAUCUCCCUGCUGGCCACCUGUGCGAUUUGGGCAUACAAUCGGAAACAUCAGGGCAACCUGAACAUGUCCCCUGCCCAGCGGGCCACAUAUCACACCUCGAUCUCAAUGCAGUGUCCCUUUGUGAACCGACGGCCUUUAUUGGGCAACUAAGUGGGUGCCACGAUCGGUUAUAUCCAUGUUCACUGCUAAC